CUAAGAAAAGGAAGGGGGCGGACACGCACCCAACUAAAAAGGCCACCAAAUGGCAUUCGCAUUGCAAUUCAACCAAAAGGUGACAGUCACUUUGAAGGAGAUAAGGGGAUAGGUGGCCAGAUUACUGCACUUCUCAAACGUGAAUACCCGUCCAUUAUCAAGGAGAAGAAUAAGGAAGGUGUGGAAAUCAAGCGUCAUGCAUCAUCUUGGGAAGAUUAUUACAUUAACAAAGUUACUGAAGGUGAAAAUAUUGGAGAAGCAGCUGCACAUCGUUUGAUGCGGGAGUUUUGGAGUAUAUACAAACUAGUUGAUGAUUCUCCUGCCCAAAUAAUUGAAGCUGAUCGUAUUCUUGAAAAUUCUGCAAAGAGACAAUUUAGGCAGAAGUGGUACCAAGCCCGUAAGGAAGCCGUCAAACUGUACUAUAAGGAUAUUGUUAAGGAGCCCAUCAAAGAUCAUGAAGCAUGUCAAAAAGAGCUUACCAAAAACCAAUAUAUGCAAGCUCAGCUUUAUUGGUGCACUGAUCAUGAAGUGUGGGAAAGCAUAUGUGACUACUGGUGCUCCUCUAAAUUCGAGGGGUUGCGGAACCUUGGCCGAGUGUCACGCUUCAAGUCAGAGGAUAUUGCUCAAAACCGGGGUGGUUCACGAUCAUUUGUUCAGACCGAAAGCAUGUUGGGAAAAGAGCAUGGGCCUGCAGCAGCAACAAACAUGAACACUUACAAGUGCAUGAAGGCAGGAGUUAAAAUUGUACCGAGAGUGGAGAAAGUGGCCCCAUCAACAACACUAAGGUCAACGAGGGUCUUAACACCUAUUACACAGUUCUGAAAGCAGCAGAUCCACUACAUUGGAAGGACCAUGAUCUCGAUCCAGAAAUCAUGUACUCCUCCAGUGGUGGCAUGCCCCAUGGGCGACUAGCAAUAGGUGAUGGUGCUAUAAAGAAAGCAGUGGUCGUUGCAAAAGCUAGAGAGAAUGACACAAGGCCAUCAAACUCCAUAUCAUACCAGUGUUUAUUGAAGGAAAAUGCUCAACUUAAAAGGCGGUGCAAGAAUAAUUUUGUUCUGAGCAAACAUGUACAGGGGUUUUAUGGCAAGCUGGGAUGGGAAGUACCCGAAGAUCUUCUUGCCUACCAAGAUGAGCUGAUGGAUGGUGGUGAUCUGAUGAAUGAAACACCCCAAGCCCAAGAGGAUGGUGGUACUCCAAUGACAGAUUCUUCACAUGAUGAAAGGCAUGUUGAUGCUGGUACUCAAAUGGAUGAUCAUGGUUCUGCUCCAACACAUGAAAAUCAUUUAGGAAUGCCAUAGUUAUAGUUAGUGCUUGUAUUGGUAACUAUGUGCACGGACCCUUUUAUUUGUCAAUCGCUACUACUGAUGGAAAUUUAGGACUCUAGUAUGUCUUUUGGUCUGGCUAAUAACUAGUGUUAAGUUGAGCUUUUGGUAAUUACGCGAAUCUGGUGAACAUGGAGGUUUGUGUAAUGGAUAUAUAUUGUGAGCUAUGAAUGGGAUGUCAUCUUAAA